AUUCUCUUUUAUAAGCACCAACACCAUUACCACUCUCUCCACACUCCAUUUCGAUGGCCACAGAUGCCUCCCCGAAAUUCCGUGGUGUGCCGCAAUCCCCCGAGUUCCAUACUGCAAUAUCGGUAUCGCCGCCGACCCACGACGGCCUCGAGUUCUGGCAGUUCAUGAUUGCCGGUUCCAUAGCCGGCUCGGUUGAACACAUGGCGAUGUUUCCGGUUGAUACUCUGAAAACCAGGAUGCAGGCCCUUGGUGCAGGCUCUUGCGCGGUUCAACCGGUCGGAGUCCGGCAAGCACUCGGCUCGAUUUUGAGGAUCGAGGGCACUGCUGGGCUCUACCGCGGUAUCGGAGCAAUGGGGCUCGGCGCAGGACCGGCCCACGCAGUGUACUUUUCAGUGUAUGAGUUCUGCAAAGAGGCUUUUUCGGGUGGGAAUCCGAAUAACUCGGCUGCUCACGCCGUGUCGGGGGUAUUUGCGACGGUAGCGAGCGAUGCCGUGAUAACACCGAUGGAUAUGGUGAAGCAGAGGUUGCAGUUGAAAAGUAGUCCUUACAAAGGUGUGGCGGACUGUGUGAAGAGGGUUUUAAUGGAGGAAGGGAUCGGAGCCUUCUACGCGUCGUAUCGAACCACGGUAGUGAUGAAUGCGCCGUUUACGGCUGUUCAUUUCUCGACUUACGAGGCUGCGAAGAGAGGUUUGAUGGAGAUAUCUCCGGAGAAUGCAGAGGAUGAGAGGUUGGUGGUUCAUGCCACCGCCGGAGCUGCUGCUGGAGCUUUGGCGGCGGCUUUGACAACUCCGCUUGAUGUUGUGAAAACUCAGCUGCAGUGCCAGGGCGUCUGUGGAUGUGAUAGAUUUUCUAGUAGUUCGAUUGGGGAUGUAAUUCAAAGCAUCGUGUCAAAGGAAGGAUAUCGAGGGCUCAUGAGAGGAUGGAUUCCCAGAAUGCUGUUCCAUGCACCUGCUGCUGCAAUCUGCUGGUCUACUUAUGAAGCAUCAAAAACCUUUUUCCAACGACUCGGGGGCAGCAACUCGUCCGUUAACUAAUGGGGGGCCGGGACAAAACCCUGUGGAAUCUGCAGACAGCUCUUUUAGGCGAUCAUGACCAAUUGGAAUUAAGAAACAGCUCCAAUUUGUAACUGCAGCAAGUAGCAUUUGAGUUGAACAUAAUCAUCAUCUUCUGAAACCCAGCCAUUUUCCAUUUCAGUGGUGCUUGUAUUUCACCCAGAAGGGUUGGGUUCAUAUGUAUAAUAUUAUAUACAUGAUGCAGAUUGUAGUGCUCAUGUCAAGUAAUUUUCAUACAAUACCAAUCACGGUGGGAUUACUGGUUGUAACCCACAUGUAUUUGGCUAUUUACCAAUAAAAAGAUUGGCUACUUCUUAA